CUCUUUUCCGACGGCGAACCUUUCUCCUCCGUUUGCCAUUUCCAUUUUUCCCAAUCUUUCUCGGAGGGAAAACUCUCGCCGGAAAAAAUGGCCUGCAUUUCCGUUCCGAAGCCCUCGCUGACGGUCGUUUCCGCUUCCAGCCCCAACAAACUCGUUUCUUCCCAGUCCCUCACCUUGAAGUCGUCCGAGUCGCACAUCCAUGGCCUAAAGCUCGCGAGAUUCGGCCUCGCCACGCCUCUCGCUGCGCCAGCUCGGACCCCAAGCGUCGUCACCAUAGCGGCUAAGGUGUCCAAGGGUUCUGUUCCACCAAAUUUCACGCUCAAAGACCAGGAUGGCAAAAACGUGAGCCUCUCCAAGUACAAGGGCAAACCCGUCGUCGUCUAUUUUUACCCUGCGGAUGAAACGCCUGGAUGCACAAAGGAGGCUUGCGCAUUUAGAGAUUCUUAUGAAAAGUUUAAGAAAUCAGGAGCUGAAGUUGUGGGUAUUAGUGGGGACGAUCCAUCAUCACACAAGGCAUUCGCCAAAAAAUAUAGGCUUCCUUUCACAUUGUUGAGUGAUGAGGGGAACAAGGUGAGGAAAGAGUGGGGAGUGCCGUCUGACCUGUUUGGUACAUUGCCUGGAAGGGAGACCUACGUUCUUGACAGGAAUGGCGUGGUCCAGCUGGUAUACAACAAUCAGUUCCAGCCAGAGAAGCAUGUUGACGAGACCUUGAAGUUACUGCAGAAACUCUGAUGCUAAAUCUCUCCUUUCUACUGUUUCAUUCUGUAGCGGACGAGAGAAAUUUGUGGAUGAUCUGUAUACGUUUUCACUCUCUAGUUUUGUCAGUAUAUAGUGCAUGAUCCACCAUGCCCUUCUUGAUUUAA